ACACCACCAUGCCCCAGGGAUUCGCCUGGCUGCGCUAUCUUGGGAUCUUCCUUGGCAUGACCUUGGGAAACGAGGGUUUGGAGGUGUGGCCCUUGACCCGGAACGAGGAGUGUGCGGUCACCGGCUUUCUGCGGGACAAGCUGCAGUACAAGAACCGGCUUCAGUACAUGAAACAAUACUUCCCCAUCAACUACAGGAUCGGCGUGCCUUAUGAGGGGGUAUUCAGGAUCGCCAACGUCACCAGGCUGCAGAAGGCCCGCGUGAGUGAGCGGGAGCUGCGGUACCUGUGGGUCUUAGUGAGUCUCAGUGCUACUGAGUCAGUGCAGGAUGUGUUGCUGGAAGACCACCCGUCCUGGAAGUUCCUGCAGGAGGUGCAGACGCUGCUGCUUGAUGUCCAGCAGGGCCUGCAGGACGUGGAGGCCAGCCCCAAGGUGGAAGCGGUGUUGUCCGUCCUGAAUGCCCCUGGGCUGAGCCUGAAGCUGGUGCGGCCCAAAGCGCUGCUGGACAACUGCUUCCGGGUCAUGGAGCUGCUGUACUGCUCGUGCUGUAAACAAAGCUCCGUCCUAAACUGGCAGGACUGUGAGGUGCCAAGACCUCAGCCCCAUGGCCCAGAGCCCUCACUGCAGUGUGUGGCCGCCCCGCUGUACCCCCUACCCCGGCAGCCCCCCACCUCUCUGCCCCGCUCCCUGCGCUCAGUGAAGCUGCUCGGGGCACAGGGCGAAGGCCUCCUGCCCUGAGCAGCUGGCAUGGUGACCCUGGGUGGGGCAGCUGGACGAGCCCCCACAGUUCUACUGGACCUGAGACUUCAGGUGGUGGUGGGAAGCCCCCUUGGCCAGGAACCCUGGGAAGGUGUUUUUCCUUUGAGGCUGGGGGACCUGAAGGUGGACGGGAAGCGCUCCUGUCCCCUCCUGGUUGUCCCCCCACUGGAAAGGGUGCUGAGUAGCUCCUGUGCCUGCAGCAGUGAGAGCUGUGCCUGAUGGGCAGGUGCAGACGGGGGACGACGCAGCGACCCCGGGACU